AUGGCGUCGAGCUCCAUCACCAUCCAAGACCCACGCAACGCCCACAACCGCCGCUCCUUCUGCUUCGAUUACACCUACUGGUCCCACAGCGGCUUCGUACAGGACCGCAGUGGCCUCUACCUGCCUGAGGAGCCGGGGGGGCGCUACGCCGACCAGGCCAGCGUGUUCCAGGACCUCGGAGAAGGGAUCCUGGAGAACGCAGUGCAGGGUUACAACGCCACCCUGCUGGCCUACGGGCAGACGGGCUCAGGGAAGAGUUACUCCAUGAUGGGCUACGGGCCAAACAAAGGCUUGGUGCCUACACUCUGCAACCGCCUCUUUGAGGCUAUUCGGGAAAACCAAGAUACCAGACAGUGCCAGGUCUUCUUCAGUAUGUUGGAAAUCUAUAAUGAGCAGGUGAUUGACCUGCUGUCACGAGGGUCUCGCACUCCGGGGGGCCUAAGAAUCAGAGAGGAGCUGCAAAGAGGUUUUUAUGUGGAGGGAAUCCGCACAGUCCCCUGUGACAGUGCACCGCAGGUGGAGCAGCUGGUGGAACAGGGGACCCGGACCCGAACCACCGCCGCCACUCACAUGAAUGCCAACAGCAGUCGCUCACACAUGCUCAUUAUCCUGCAGCUCAAACAGAUCUUCUCCAAAGAGAGCAUCACGAAGCAGUCCAACAUCAACCUGGUGGAUCUGGCUGGCAGUGAGCGGCAGCGGGCCUCGGGCUCGGAGGCCGACCGGCUCAAAGAGGGCACGGCCAUCAACCUGAGCCUCACCACCCUGGGCAACGUCAUCAGUGCUCUUGCUGACAUGGCGGUGGGGAAGAAGGUGGUCCAUAUCCCCUACAGAGACUCAGUUCUCACCAAGUUGCUGCAGUCUGCGCUGGGCGGCAACAGUCGCACAGUUAUGAUUGCCACCCUGAGUCCUGCUGACAUCUGCUAUGAGGAGUCUCUCUCGACUUUGCGCUAUGCUGAAAGGGCGAAGCGUAUCCAGAAUCGGGCCGUGGUGAACGAGAGUCCCACCGAGCGUCUGGUCAAAGAGCUGAAGGCUGAGAACGCGAGGCUGCUGCAGAGACUGAGCCGGCUGGGCCAGGAGGGACGCAGAGCCGACGAUGAGACCAAGGAGCUUCGUCAGCUACUGACCCACAAUGAGCUUCAGAUCAGAGCCAUUCAGACUCUGUGGGAACAACACCUGCAGGAGGCGCUAAAGGACUGGGAGCAACAGUAUGCCAGCAUCACACAGGAGAGGAGGAUGAUGCAGAUGCACCCCUACAUCCUGAACAUCAACGAGGAUGCUCAGCUGUCUGGAGUGGUGAAGCUCUUCAUCCAGGAGGGUGAAUGGGAGAUUGGGCUGUCUGACUCUUCCUCCAGAUCCAUCCCUAUCAAAGGCCUAGGGAUCCAGGAGCGUCAUGCUGUGUUCAGGAAUGAACAGCGUCGCGUGUCACUGACCCCGAUGGCAGAGUCAAAGGUCAUUGUGAACGGCAACUCUGUCUCCCAGACGACGGAGUUGCAGCACCUGGACCGGCUCAUUCUCGGUUCUAACUGCACCUACUUGUUCAUUGGUUAUCCCUCCGAGAGGGGCGGGGAUGACUGGAGUCGGUACGACUACGACUACUUCCAGUCUGAACUGGCUGCUGCUGAGGGCAUCCACCUAGGUGAGUCCAGUGCUGGCUCCAGUCAGACAGACCCGAGCCUCCUGGCCGUCUUCUAUGACUAUGUCAAACUGAUGCCCAUGGUGGCCGAGGCCAACCAGAUGAGCCAGGAGCUGAACAAGGGGGUGGAGUUUAGGCUGGAGAUCAAGAACCUGGCUCUGUCCGAUUCAAAAGGCCACGAUCUGGAGAAAGAGAUUGUUGUCCGAGUCACCUCUCUGGAGAGCAAGCAGGUGUGGAUGUGGUCCAAGGCCAAGUUUGUGAACCGCAAGUUCCUGAUGGAAGAAGUCUACCAGCAGUAUCAGGCUGAGCGGAGCAGAGACAAUACAAGAGAGGCGCUGUGUGCGGCAGCUUUGCCCAGAGAUAAAGACCCUUUCUGGGAUCCGGUGGGGCCUCUGCUCCUGGGCAGCGCACACCUCUGGCUUCAGUCCUUGGCCUUCCGCAUCGCUCUGGAAGAACAGCUGGAGGUGCUGGGGUCAGAGGGAACAGAGGAGGCCAUUCUGCAGGCACAGCUGGUCCCCUGCACCUCCACUGGACUCCCCCUGGGUGAGGAUGACAUCCUGAUUGACCCGUCUGAGUUACUGGGUCGACGCCUGGACUUCCAGCUGGUCCUGGAACAGUGUUGUGGCCUCCGCUGGAUCAGAGAGGCCCGCAACAGAGGAGUCCAGAUUGGCUUCAGGUUAUUUGACUGCAGCCAGCCUCUCUACACUCCAGCUGUGUGGCACAAUGUCAAUCCUCUGCUGGACCACAGGGUUCACUUUGCCUCCCUCCACACCUCCCAGCAUCUGCUGGACUACCUGCAGAGCAGCGCUGUCGUGCUCGAGCUGUGGGGCCUGCAAGAGGGCUGCACUGACCUGAUGUCAUCCCUGGAGGGAGUGAGGAUGACAACAGAGGGCAUCUUCAUUAUUGACGAGGCAGGACACACAGCCACUGUGCCUGAGGACUCCUCAGAGCUGAGCUGUUCAGUCAGGGCUCUACAACAGGACUUGGAGGAACUGAAGAGCGUUAAUGCUUCACUGAGGAAGGAGAACCACACUCUGAGAGAGCAACUCAACAUGGCUAGGAGUGGUGGGGAGUGUGUGCGUGGCCGCGCGGUGCGUCCCAGCUGUGAUGCAGAGUUUGCCCGUGCUCUCAAGGUUUUCUACCACAGCAUGACCUCAGUCCGGGGUCAGCUGCAGCGCCUCCGCAGACACAGACCCAGCGAGGAGUCCGACCUGCUGGGGCUGAGGCUGUUUGUGGACGAGCACGGCCGCCUGCUGAGGGACUUCUCGGAGCAGCUGGAGCAGAGCGUCACCUCGCUCAAACAGGACGUGGCCGCUAUCGUCCGCAGGAAACGAGAACGCUCAGGAAUCUGGUCCUGAUUGACUGUUUUUUUUUUUUUCCCCGCUCAAACUCUUCAGAGGAGGUUCUUUUGGCCUUUCCACACUGCAGUUUCUAAACAGCUGCUGAGUGAGCAAGAGCAAAUGUUGACACUUUAGUGGGACACUGGCAUUUAUAAUCAGCUGAUUCUUAGUUUCUCCUAUUGCAGCAGUGUUUCAAACUACCUCAUUGCCUUUAUUUUCAAACCACAGGGGGAAUAUCCACCUGCUUUGACUUUUUGCACAUUUUCCUGUGCAACAGUAAUAUUUAUUUGGGUUUUUUCUUUAGACUGUAUUAUAUAUACACAGAGCUUGAAGUAGCACCAUAACGUGCAAAAAGUCAUGGGGACAGUUUGAGAGAUUUUCUUUUAAAUUUGCUGCAGUCCCCACAUUAAUGCCACAAUAUCACAUAUCAGUAGAACAUGGUGGACAUUUAUGAUGCUUGAAUUAGUAUUUUCUAUUCUGAGCAGACCAGACUAGAUGACCUCAGUGAAACAAAUGAGUACACACAGAGGGUGGCACAAUUACAAGGAACCUUUUAUUACAUCUGUACAUAUUCAAAACAGCUGGUCACAGAUAAAAGUGCGUGUUCUCAUGUUUGCUUUACUAAAGGUAUCACCACCAAACCGGGGCCAGGGCUCUGAUAGGAAAAUCUCCCAGUUACUGAGAAUUUGUGUUCCUCUGGCUGCACUCCAAGAUGAGUGAGCUUUGCCAUUUGAAAUGACUGAAUGCUUUUUUUCUUUUUGAGAUAGCAGAGAGGUUUUCCCAGAGGCAGAGGUCUUCACCACCACGUCAUCUCCAGCAUGUGAUGUUGUUCAACUGGCUUUUAUGGCUGUAUAAUAACUUCAUCUCAUGCAAGAACUGAUCAGACCCGACAUAAAACAAUCUGAUCUCAAACUAUUGAGCAAUGAGGCUGAUAAUUUUUUUUUUUAUGGAAGAGAGAACGCUAAGUAAAGUAGACUGCAGAGCUGAUUUUAGCCCUUUGUGGUACAGACCUGAUUUUAAUGUCUUCAUGAGGCAAAAUUUGAUAUCAUAUGCUCUUUUUUUAAAAAA